UCCUAAUCGACACAGCUGAUUGUUCUCUCUGCUCAUCUAUCCAUUUCUUUCAUUAUUUUUUGUUUUUUCUUUCUUCGUUAACACCUUUCUCCAGUUCCAUUCAUCUGCAUUCUGUUUUCAUGCUUCCACCCAUAACAACUCUUAUGAUUUUGAAUCUGACUCGAUUCUUUCUACUUUGAGUCCAUUCAACCGUAUAUCCGUCUCUCCACGUGGGUUGAAAAUUAUGGUGGUAUAUUAUCCUGUACUGCCGCUGUCAUGUCCGCCGACAUGUCUGCUCCUUCGGUAAAGAAGAAGAAGUCGUUUGCACGGAGCUCCAAACCAAGCACCAGGAUGUGUGUUCGGGAACAAAGGGACAUCAUAACCAUGUCAUCUCCAGAGAUGUGCUGGCCGGUGCCAAUGCGAGCCAUUGGGGCUCAGAACCUCCUCACCAUGCCAGGAGGGGUAGCCACUGCAGGAUACCUCCACAAGAAGGGAGGCAGCCAAUUCAGCCUAAUGAAAUGGCCACUGAGGUACAUCAUCAUCCACAAGGGCUGCGUGUACUACUUUAAGAGCAGUACCUCUGCUGCACCACAGGGGGCGUUUUCUCUCAAUGGCUACAACAGAGUGAUGAGAGCAGCAGAGGAGACAACAUCGAGCAAUGUUUUUCCUUUCAAGAUCGUCCACUUCAGUAAGAAACACAGGACGUGGUUCUUCUCAGCAGCCAGUGAGGAUGAGAGGAGGAAAUGGAUGCGAUACCUUCGGAAAGAAAUAGACCACUAUAACGACAGGAAAGAGUCCCACCUACCAAGUGACUCAGAUUCAGAUGCAGACAGUUUCUAUGGCACAAUCGAGAGGCCGAUGGAUGUGAAACAUCUUGUUGAUACCACCGAAAUUAAUUACAGUGAUGACGAUGAUGAUGACGAUGAGGAGGACUAUCUGAAGCCAGACAGUGAAUGUUCGCCAACAUCUUCAGGUGACCACCUCAUAUUCUUUCCCUGUCGACCCACAGGUCCACCGCCCUCUUACCCUCCUCCACCUGUGCCAAUGACAUUCCCCCACCAUCAAGACUCCAGUCCAGGCCAAAAAAGCCUCCACCCUCCCAUCCCAUUACAACUGAAAGCCCCUACCUCUCCGCUCCACAGGAAACCUUCACCUUGUCCACCCUCUCCGUGCAUAAAGAAGGAGUCUACCAAAGGCCCACCCCCACCUUUACCUUUUGCCCCUCACUUACAGAAUCCUUUUCCUUCCACACCUCCACCUAUUCCUCCCAAUGCAAAGAAACCAGGCAGGUCAACCUCCGUGGGAGUAACAGCAAAUGACAAAAGAGACUGGAGGCCUACGCCGUCUGUUUCAGUCCAGUCACCAGCUACUUUGCCCAUCUGUGAAAAACUAGACAGGCUAAUCCUAAAUGGCCCCUGUCCCCCUCACUCUGGCGGGAGCCAGUCACUAGAAAACAGCUACCGCCGUAAUAAGCCGAACAUGCCGGUUCCACCAUGCCCAAACACAAAUGUAUCUCUCAAUCUAAUGUCCUCCAGUCACUCUUCACACUCCCCGCUACCUAAACCUGGACUACUCAAUAAGCCAUCUAUACCCAAACCUCCUUUACCUUUAGUAGGAGUCAAGCCAUCAACGGCUCCACCCAGGCCCAAGUCGCCAGGAACACCGUUUCAAAGAACAUCUCCAGAGGGCCAGAGCUUCCGUUCCAUCAACGACGAAACUGCAGAUUUCAGGAGGAAACGAGACUCGACCGCGUACGACUCUGACGAAGACUAUGAGAAUGUCCAGCUGCCAGACUCUGUGUUCAUUGAUUCGAAUGAAACCAGCUUCGUAGAAAAGUUAUUCAAAGAGAGUCCAACUCCUCCACAAGAUGGACUGUACGCCAUCAGAAAAUCAGGAACCAAAACAACAAAGGUGCUGGUGGUGUGGGACAUCAGUAUAGGCAAAGCCAGAAACUACAGACUGUUUGAAGAGGGUGACUGUAUAUUUCUGGAAGCUGAUUUGACCUUCCCCAAUCUGUCUACACUGAUCGAACACUACCACUACAGACCUCUUCCUCACCACGGCUCACUGUGUCUCCAGAAGCCCUACACAAAGACGUGAGGACUUUCACAGGCGGCUUACUGAACUGUAACUGAAACCAGAGGACACCAAAGCAGCUGAAAUCAGUGCAGAAGACUGUGCACUGGACUGCACCUUAAACAUGGAGAAAACUAUACAAACUAGACUCUCACCUUGACAAAUCUACACUCAGUGAGAUAUUUCCAUCAUGGCAAACUUUCUAAAAAAAAAUCUACCAAGCUCUCUAAGGGAUCAAGCAUCUGUAAAAGGAAAUCAGAAAUCUGCUGCAAAUUCCUGAUGUUUCAUGUAAAGUGAGCAAUGGUUGUGAUGUGUUUUGGCCACAAAGGGGCGCUGUGACACCAAAUGCUAGCAUUAAAAAACAUUGAUGUUUCUGCGUUGGCCUAGCAAUGGUCUAACAAACUGUCUAGAUUGUCCUCUCCCUCAUGCCCUGUGACAGCUGGGAUAGGCUCCAGCACUCCAGCGCAUAGAUAAAGGGAAAUGGAUGGAUGGUUUACAAGUUUUGAAAAUGAUAUAAAGUAUAGCUUUAAUAUUGAGCUUAAAUGGAUGAGAGCAAGAAGAACUUUAAUGAUGCCAGCACAGAAGUUGAAUAGUAUUAAAAAAGUAAUUCAGAUAAUUAUUACAUAUAAUUAAUUAAGUUUAAUUUUACAAAUACAUUCUUAUGAUUCUCAGUGACCAUCUGUGCUCCUCAUACCAACCAGAACACAUCAUCAGAUAUACAUAUUCGUAUCGAUCUCAUAAGGAUUAAGAUAAUUUAAUUUGUGAGACUAAAAACGAUGAUGAUGGAAACAAUUCUUUAGAUUUAAAUGAUAUUCAGUCGUUCUUAAAGUUGGUCCAAAAGUAAACAUUCAGUUCCUUUAAUGCUGAUAACUUGAUUGGUUUGAAUAGAUUUCUGACUACCUGGAGGUACUGAGGUGUAAACGUGGAUACUGGGACAGGCUUGCUGUCCUUUAUCUUCAAAAAGACUCCCAUCUGUCCACUUUGUCCCAAAUGUGUCGUCCCAACCAGAUGUAGCUAACUGAUGCUCAAAUGUCAAAAUCAUAGCAAACUAUCAGCUUCAUCUUUGUGCCAUUUGCAGGCAAACGUUUUCCUCUGGGUGCAACGUCCAAAACUAGUGGCUGCGAUGUAUGCUUAUCCGUGAGAACUGAAUUAACAUUAGAAAAAGUAGAACAUUAGAGGCAGAAAUGUUUUCUUGUUUCUUCUUUCAGAAAUGAAAAACGACAUACGACACUGUCGAUAAAAAAAACUCCUUUAUUUACAAAAACAAACUGAUGUAAUUGACUUUUUUGUGUAUUUGUGUGUUCUGUUUGUACAGCACUAUAAAAUGUUCCU